GCAAUCGUUUUGUUUUGACGGUGCCGCUUUGACAAGGCAACGCUUUGCAUCGUGCUGUGCUCGCGCUAGACACAGUUUUUCUAGGCUGUGUUUUUUGAGCAACUUGAAUCAUGACGGGUGAAGGCAAAAUUCACGACAAGGGUCACCACAGUCGAGGUCAUGACAGAGGUUACGACAGGGGACAUAACAGAGGGGGCCACGACAGGGGGAGUAAUUGGUCCUCGCGCAACAGGCAGCGCAAGUCCGACGAAAAACGGAACUCGGACGUCGACGAGUCCCUGCCCGUGGUCCAGAUGUUCAGGGCGUUCCAGGUGGAACUGGACGACCGCUACGACCGUUACGAGCGCCUCGUCAAGCUGGGCCGCGACGUGACCAUCGAGAGCAAGCGCAUCAUCUUCCUGCUUCAUCGCAUAAUGAAGGAUAACCAGAAGGACAAGGUGCUCGCCGAAGCGGACCAGAAGCUCUGCGAGCUCAGCAUGUUCGCACUGCGAGAGAUUGCGAUGGAACUGAGGGGGCAGAGCUAUUACCUGUACCUCAGGGCGUUUUCACCAGGUAUUCAAGAGUACAUCGAAGCGCUGACCUUCUUCCACUACAUCAAGGAUGGCCACCUGGUCACCCUGGACGAGAUCCACAAGAACCUGGUGUACAUAGAACAGGCAGAGGAAGCCGAAAGCGAGAUGGCCGACGAGUCCGCGUCCGAGACGCCGCCCGGCAAGUUCUCCCUGGAGAUCACUCCGCUGGACUACAUGCUGGGCAUCGCUGACCUGACAGGCGAGCUGAUGCGCAAGUGCAUCAACGCGGUCGGCCAGGGAGACCUGGAGGAACCGUUCGUGCUGUGCCGUUUCCUGCGGGACAUGUACACGGGUUUCCUCAGCUUCGGCAACACCGGCGGUCGAGAGAUCAACCGCAAGGUUUGGACGCUCUUCCAGAGCGUCCGCAAGGUCGAAAACGCCUGCUACACCAUCAAGGUCCGCGGGUCGGAGGUUCCGAACCACGUGCUGGCCGACAUGUUCUGCGCUCCGUUUCCCGAGAAGGAAUCUCCGGACUGCGGUUGAGCCGCACGUUUCUUCCGCAGCGACGUGCGCUCCGUGCAUUUAUUUUUUGUUGCGUGCGCAAGAAGACACUGCCAUUUGAGUGUUGGAUUGUAAUAAAGG